CUGGCCGUGCCGCGCCGCGCCGGCCGGGAGGGGGCCGGAUCCCGGACCAUGGCGGCGGCGGCGGCGGGCCCCGAGGGGCGGCGCGCGGCGCUGGAGGCGGCGGCGGCGGCGGGCCCCGAGCGGGGUGGCGGGAGCUGCGUGCUGUGCUGCGGCGACCUGGAGGCCACUGCGCUGGGCCGCUGCGACCACCCGGUGUGCUACCGCUGCUCCACCAAGAUGCGGGUGCUGUGCGAGCAACGCUACUGCGCCGUGUGCCGCGAGGAGCUGCGCCAGGUGGUCUUUGGGAAGAAACUUCCCGCCUUUGCCACCAUCCCCAUCCACCAGCUACAGCACGAGAAGAAGUACGACAUCUACUUUGCAGACGGGAAGGUGUUUGCCUUGUACAGGCAGCUGCUGCAGCAUGAGUGCCCACGGUGUCCUGAGCUGCCACCUUUUGGCCUCUUUGGGGACCUGGAGCAGCAUAUGCGGAAGCAGCAUGAGCUGUUCUGCUGCAAGCUGUGCCUCAAACACCUCAAGAUCUUCACAUAUGAGCGCAAGUGGUACUCGCGCAAGGACCUGGCCCGGCACCGCAUGCAGGGGGACCCUGACGACACCUCGCACCGUGGGCACCCGCUUUGUAAGUUCUGUGAUGAGCGCUACCUGGACAACGACGAGCUGCUCAAGCACCUGCGCCGCGACCACUACUUCUGCCACUUCUGCGACUCAGACGGGGCCCAGGACUACUACAGCGACUACAAGUACCUGCGUGAGCACUUCCGAGAGAAGCACUUCCUGUGCGAGGAGGGCCGCUGCAGCACCGAGCAGUUCACGCACGCGUUCCGCACCGAGAUCGACCUCAAGGCCCACAGGACGGCCUGCCACAGCCGGAGCCGCGCCGAGGCCCGCCAGAACCGCCAGAUCGACCUGCAGUUCAGCUACGCGCCGCGGCUCUCGCGCCGGAACGAGGGGGUCGUCAGUGGCGAGGACUACGAGGAGCUGGACAGGUACAGCCGCCAGGGCCGCUCGGGCCGGGCCAGCGGUCGCGGAGCCCAGCAGAGCCGCCGAGGAAGCUGGAGGUACAAGAGGGAAGAAGAGGACCGAGAAGUGGCAGCUGCCAUCCGGGCCUCUGUGGCUGCACAGCAGCAGCAGCAGCAGCAGCAAGAGACACGCAGGAGCGAGGACCGGGAGGAGGGCGGCAGGCCCAAGAAGGAGGAGGCAGGGGUGUGGGGUCCCGAGGAGCCCCAUGGCCCCCGGCGCCCUCCCCGGACCCAGGGCGAAGGCCCAGGCGCCAAGGAAGCCUCAACCAACGGUCCUGUGAGCCAGGAGGCCUUCUCAGCAAGCGGCCCGGCUGCAGGAGCCACGCUUCCAAGCGCGCUCCCACACCUCACUCCGAAGCUCAAGGACGAAGACUUCCCCAGCCUCUCCGCCUCCACUGCUUCCUCCUGCCCCGUGGCAGCUGCCCCGGGCCCCGUGGGGCUGGCGCUGGCCUACCCUGUUCCCACCAGGGGCAGGGGCACUUUCCAGGAGGAAGACUUCCCCGCCCUGGUGUCCUCUGCCUCCAAGCCCAGCACUGCCCCCACCAGCCUCAUCUCUGCCUGGAACAGCAGUGGCAGCAAGAAAGUGGCCCAUCCCACCCCUGGGGCCCCGUCUGCCAGUGGGGGAGGCCAGCCCCCCAGGAAAGGUGCCAGGGGAGGCAAGGGGGGCAGAAAGAGCAGACCGUCCCCCGCGGAGGAGGACGGCCACGCCGGCCUCACCCCCCAGGAGCUGCGGAGCGGACCCACGACGGUGGCCGUCUCCUCCCUGCUGGCCUCCGCCCAGCCCUUCAGCAAGGUGGGCAAGAAGAAGAAACCCGGCGCCGCCUCGCCCCCGCCCCCGCCCGCUGACAGAGACGGGCCCCCUGGGGCUGAGCAGGUCCCUGAGGCGCCCCCCGGCAGAGCCGAAGGGCCCGUCGCCGUCAUCGUCAAUGGACACACAGAGGGUCUGGCCCCAGCUCGGAGCACCCCCAAGGAGCCCCCUGGGCUCCCCAGGCCCCCGGGCCCCCUCUCCUGCCCCACCCCCCAGGAAGACUUCCCCGCGCUCGGCGGCCCCUGCCCACCCAGGACGCCCCCGCCCCCAGGCUUCAACACCGUGGUGCUCAUGAAGGGCGCGCCGCCUCCGCCCCCGCCGGGCCUGGCGCCCCCCGUCAGCAAGCCGCCCCCCGGCUUUUGCCGCCUUCUGCCUGGUCCCAGCCCAGUCUGUGUCCCCAGCACAACGGCCGCGGCGAAGGCACCUAGGCUGACACCCGUGCCGCGGGCCUACCUGGUCCCCGAGAACUUCCGGGAGAGGAACCUGCAGCUCAUCCAGUCCAUCAAGGACUUCCUACAGAGUGACGAGGCCCGCUUCAGCAAGUUCAAGAGCCACUCGGGGGAGUUUAGACAGGGCGUGAUCUCCGCGGCCCAGUAUUACAAGAGCUGCCGGGACCUGCUGGGGGAGAACUUCCAGAAGAUCUUCAACGAGCUGCUGGUGCUCCUGCCAGACACGGCCAAGCAGCAGGAACUACUGUCUGCACACACGGACUUUCGGGGCCGGGAGAGGCCGCCAGGCGCCAAGGCCAAGAAGAGCAAGAAGGGUGCGUGGCAAGCCAGCACCCAGCCGGCGGGCCUGGACUGCUGCGUGUGCCCCACCUGCCAGCAGGUGCUUGCUCACGGUGACGUCAGCAGCCACCAGGCGCUGCACGCCGCCCGGGACGAUGACUUCCCCUCCUUGCAAGCCAUCGCCAGGAUCCUCACGUAGCUCCGCCAGUGUGGGCAGGAGCUGCCUUGCCCACGAGCCUCCUUGCUCCCUCCUCCUCCCCCGGGCUGCCAGGCAGCCAGGUAAGGCCCCGGUGAGGCCACCUGCUCAGGUUCCUCAGCCAGCAGGCCCUCCAGGGGUCCCCAGGGACGCCCACCUGCCCUGUCAGCACGCCAUCAUGUGGGAGUCCAUCUGGUUUUCUCCCGGGCAUGGGCACGAGGCCCCUGCCUUGGCAGCAGGCUGGUCAGCAUUUCUAGCUCACGCUUUGGGAAGGCGCUGGGCGGAAAAGACCAGGAUGCCGAAGCCUGUCUGCACUAUCAGAGCCGGUGGCCACGAUGGCCGCAUCUGGGACCUCCGGAGCCUGAGGGCUGCCGCGCCACGGCCCCUGAACCGUGGGUCCACUGGCACUAGAGUCAGGUGUUGAGUGUGUUGUGUAAACAGUUGGCUGUUUCGUGAUCCAAGAAUGUUCAGGAUUAAAAGCAGACACGAAAUCGUGCUACUUGAAGUUGAAUCUUUUUAUGAGACAAGCUGAAUCUGGGAUCUCAAAUUGCCUCUCAUCUUUUAUAAGACAGUUUAUCUUCAAAUAAAUUUAUUUUGCAAUAAUGCCCA